CUUUGGAGAAGGAUCAUGUUCAAUUCUAACAAGACCGUGUACAGUACAUUUGAUCUGGACUUGACCGAUUCCCGGAUGAGCAAGUAUCACAGAAGUGAAGCCGAGGUGAAACUGUGGUUGUUCAGUUUGUUGGCUAUUCCCCAAUCGGAUAUUGACCAGUAUAAGUCGUUGAACCUUGACUUGAUUAGUAUACUCAAAGACGGGAUAUUAUUGUGUCAGUUGGGCAAUUUGCUACAGAUUCCAGGGAAUCCGUGCAAGAAAGUUAAGAACAGCAAGAUGCCGUUUGUGCAAAUGGAAAACAUUUCGUUUUUCCUAAAGACUUGUGAAAUGAUUGGAGUUCCCCACGACGAGAUCUUUCAAACAGUCGACUUAUUCGACAGAAAAGACCCCUACCAGGUGAUUGUUUUGUUGAUUUCGUUCUCCAGAUUCGCCAACCAGAUAAAUAGUAGCAUUCCCAUAAUAGGGCCUAGGGUUGCUAAGAUCAAGCCUCCAGUGCCUAAUAAACCGGUACGAUUCCGGGCAAAUUAAUAGACUAGAAUAAACGUAAGACACGAAUUAGUGGGAAUAGAUAACAAAUCCUGAGU